UGUAUUUGGAAUAUCUUGGACUAGACCGUGCAGUUGUUCCCUGAGGAAACAGCUGUUGUUGAAAAUUAUAAAAAAUUGUUAAAUAUGAGUUGAUAAAGUCAAGUUUAAUUUUAAAAUGACUGAUAAAUCAUUGUCUGUUGACAAUAAACCACAUGAGUUAAAACUAGGGGCAAGCUUUGAUCCAAAAUCUGGAGUGGCUUACCAUUCCAUAAGAUAUGAUUUCAAGCCGGCAUCUGUCGAUACAACUCAGGAAGCUCAAGUAGAUAUAGGUCAAGGUCAUCAUGUGACAUUGACAGUCCCACAUGUUGAAGGUUCAGGGAAGGCACAUACUGUGUAUAAAGGCAACAAGCGACCAGUAUCUAAAGAGUGUGUACUUAUCAUAGAUCAUGACACUGGGAUGUUCACUCUGGAAAGACUCACAAAUAAUAUUAAUGUCAAGAAGACAAGGAUGGAAGGGAGCAGUAAAGUGCCUGCUGCAGGACGACCUUUGACGCCAGUUGAUCCCCGAUUGAAAAGUUCUCCUGGAAAGACAAAAUCUAGUCAAAGCCCGUGUGUUCAACAGAAAGCACCUUCUCCACCACCUCCGCCGCCAGCCAAAGCUGCAAAUGAGUCAUUGGUCGGUGAAAUCAGUGACAGUUCAAGCGGCUCUGACCUCUCAUCAGAUUCGGACAGUGAUGCUGAAAACGAUACUAUAGAUACAGGACGACCCCCAGUGCCAAUGACAGCAACUCAACCAACAGUUCCUCAACAAACAACAAAAUCAAGUGAUAUAAGCAUGAGCAUGAUUAGUGCAGAUCUACAACUCAGCGAUUCUGACAGUGACAGUGACUGACAGCAGUACAACAACAUUUCAUUGUGUAUUGUCCUUAAGAUGAGGUUUUCACAGGUUUUAGGGAUACAUGUAUAGACCCGUGUGAUCAUUGUUUAUUGUCCUUGUGAUGAAGUUUUCAUUGUUUUGAGGGUCACAUUUAUAGACCCAUGUCAUCAUUAUGUAUGGUCCCUGUUAUCAAAUUGGCCAUGGAAGGCCUGUGUGAUCCUAUUUUGAGGUCAAUGUUUCCAAAGUAAAAAAAGAAGAAGAAAAUGCCAUAUUUCCAAACUACUACGAUGUCUUUGUACAGUUCAAGUAUUCACUUAUUAUGUUGACAUUUCACAUGACAACGUCAAGGCAAUCAUUUUUACAGACAACGUGGUCACUCAGUGUUGUGCAUGAGAUUUUUUUCUGUCUACAGGACGAGCAUGAUUUGUUUUAGUUAAGCAAUUGCCGGGUACUUUAUAUUGUACAUUAUAUGGUUAUAUACAGUGGUCAUAGUGACAAUAUUGUUGUGAUCAUGUGAUCAAGUUCAAUGGUUUCACUGAAAUUUGUUUUUUCUUAUGUGAAGAAGCAGUCCAACUGGCUUGCAGAAUCUUUGUGGUUCUACCAAGGUGAUUUUUGAGGCCUGCAAUAAUGUCUAGAAUGGUACCUCGGGUCCUCCACCAUCAAAAACUGGAAAAGUUGUCAAAUUUUAUUAAGGCGACUCUUAACCCAACAAAAACAAAAAACAAACAUUUUCUUACUUGUUUUUUCUUCUGGACAGUUUCUUAUGUUGAUAUAUUUUCUUAUAAAGUGAUUUUCCACGGACAAGUUUUAAUCAGUCGGAUUCUGUUAUAUACUUAUUUACUUUGAAAGAGUUGAAACUUUUAUGAUAUGCCUGCUUGUGAUAAUUUGAAUCAUGGCAUUAAGCCAGUUAUUGGAAUUCUUUGCUUUAAGGUAGUUCUGCACAUUUGAUUUACAAAAAGUCAAGAUUUUACGUCAUUUAUCCAGAAAACAUACACUAAAACCUGUGCCUGGCAUAUGGAGAAGUAAAUCUUCCUAAAAAUGUCAUCCGGUUUGUUUGUAAAAACGGCAACAUUAUUUUCUUUCUAAAUAUUAAAAUGAUACAACAAAAAAGUUGAGACAUGAAAUAAUUCUGAAUUUUCUUAGUACAUGUAUAUCAAAAGUUUUGAGAAAUAAGGUUAAUUAAGUUCUACAUUAUAGAAAAAAAGAUCCGUAUGUGCAGAACUGCCUUAAACUGCCCUGUGUAUCUGUAUUUCUACAUUUGUUUAAAAUGUCUAGUGUGAUGAAAUGACAUAAAUAUAAGUUUUGAGAUUUUUUGAUGUGAUGUAAAUAAAUGUUAUCUGUGAUGAAGUUAUAAA